GAACAAACAUGUCCUCUGGCUUUGUGAACUGAACAGAGUUACAAAACAAUCUCAUAGUUAUUAUUAAACGAUAUGUUAUCAUUCUUCUCUAAAUUGUCAUUAAACAACGCUCAGAAUUCUCCCGUGGAGUUAGCCAAGCCUGCUUAUAUGGACAAAAGUGCAACUUUGCAAGAGCUCGGCUACAAAGACGACGAUGAGCUGAGAGAGACGAUUUAUGACUUUUUGAGGACAAUACGAGACCCGGAGAAACCUAGUACAUUGGAGGACUUGAAAGUUGUUUACGAGGAAGGUAUCUUCGUCAAGGAGCCUACAGCAGAUAAAGUACCUGUUCUUCGUGUGGAAUAUAAUCCUACCGUGCCCCACUGUUCGCUGGCAACGCUGAUCGGACUUUGCAUAAGGAUCAAAAUACUCCGUUCUUUACAUCACCCAGUUAAACUUGAUGUUUUCAUCAAAAAAGGAGCUCAUACUACUGAAGAUGAGAUCAACAAGCAAAUCAAUGACAAAGAGAGGAUUGCUGCCGCUAUGGAGAAUCCCAAUCUAAGAAACCUCGUAGAAAACUGUAUCGCUGAAGAGGAAUAG